UGAUGGGUACUGAUAGACGGCACUGACUGGCAUCACUACUGGGCACUGACUGGCGGCACUGACUGGCACAACCCCUGGGCACUGACUGGUGGCACUGACUGGCAGCACUGCUGGGCUGCACUGGUGGGUGCACUGGUGGGCAGCACUGGUGGGUGGGCACAUGUGGGUGGCACUGGUGGGCACAGGUGGGUGGCACAGGUGGGUGGCACUGCUGGCACAGGUAGAGUGGCACAGGUGGGUGCACUGCUGGGCACAGGUGGGUGCACUGUGGGCACAGGUGGGUGAUCUGCUGGGCACAGGUGGG